GUCAGUUUCAGUGAUAAUUCUAAUUUAAAAUCAAAAUAAUAAUGAUAUUAUUAUCAAUUAAUUAUUAUUAGUAUUUUUUAAAUAAAUUUCGCGUUAAACUAUCAGUUAAAUAAUUAAAUCUGUCAAUUUCAUCAAAGAUGUGGAUUACACUAACUCCAAGGCUAAAAAAAGGCUUAGAAAUAGUAGAACAGUUGGAAAGUACAAAAUUCCGUCAGCUGGCAAGCCAUAUCUGUCAAGGACUCCACUCAGGAAGUGACAAAAUUUUCAGCGAAGAUGAAGAGGAAAAACUUACGCUGUCUCUCAACUUAAAAAAAGAAAAUCUGAGUUUAUUGCUUGACACAAUAACUUUUGUUUACACUCAAGCCGGGUUCAGCAUGGUCGAGUCAGCUGAGAUGGAAAGUUUUAUGAAAUCAUGUUUUGGAAUUUCCGACGACAAAAUCUCGAUAUUUGUCAACACUUGGACAACUUAUUCCCAGCAAAUAAUUCAAGUGUUGCGUCGUAAAUCUGUAUUUCCUAAUCAAGUCCACGAUAUCAAUUGGAGUUUCAAUAUCCAAGCAUCUUCUCCAGCCCACGCUGCUGAUAAUAAACCAGUCCUAUUAUUGCAAUUAAACACCACCGGAGAAUCAAAACCUCUUACAGUAGAAAUGGACAAGUCAAGCUUAUCAGACUUGUACGAAAAUUUAGAAAAAAUUCAACGCCAGCUCGACGCUCUCAAUUAAUCGUGCACUUCCACCACCAGUCAGCAGCAGAAAUAGUCUUGAGCCGAUGCGAUGACAGUCGCUUUCGUUUAUAGUAAUGAUUUAUCAUUGAUACCUGGUUCGAGGAGGCUC